UUGUUUUGAAAGUUCUAACCCGGAAGUGGCGACAGUUCAGGACCCGGUGUUGUAAACAGAGACUUGUUUUUCGGUCAAGCUCUUCAGAAAUGGCCUCAGCCGGGGGGAUCCAGAUACCGAACCGUCUGCCGCUGCUGCUGACCCACGAAGGAGUGCUCCUGCCGGGCUCUACGGUCCGGUUCAGCGUGGACUCGCCGCGGAACAUGCAGCUAGUGGGCCAACGGCUGCUGAAAGGGACCUCCCUGAAGAGCACCAUCAUCGGAGUGAUCCCCAACACCAGAGACCCCGAACAGGACUCCGACCCUCUGCCGCCGGUUCACCAGAUCGGUACAGCAGGAAUCGCCGUCCAGGUUGUCGGCAGUAACUGGCCGAAGCCUCACUACACGCUGCUCAUCACUGGUCUCUGUCGUUUCCGGGUUUCCAGUCUGCUGAAGGAGCGGCCGUUUGUCCUGGCCGAGGUGGAGCAGCUGGAUAAACUGGAGCAGUACACAACGCCAACAGCAGAGGGCGCUACAGCAGAGGAUGGAGAACUGGGAGAGCUUUCUCAGAGGUUCUACCAGGCUGCUGUUCAGUUAUUAGGGAUGUUGGACAUGUCGGUCCCGGUGGUGGCCAAGUUCAGGCGCCUGCUGGACAGUCUGCCCAGGGAAACUCUGCCGGAUGUGGUUGCCUCGAUGAUCCGCACCUCCAACAAGGAGAAACUCCAGGUGCUGGAUGCAGUCAGCCUGGAGGAGCGCUUCAGGAAGGCUCUGCCCAUGCUGACCAGGCAGAUCGAGGGACUGAAGCUGCUGCAGAAAACCAGGAAAAUGAGUCCAGACUCUGACAAGAGGGUGUUGUCGGUGCGUAAGGGCGGAGUGUUCCCAGGGCGACAGUUCAAUCUAGACGAGGAUGAUGAGGGUGAGGAUGGCGACGACAUGGCGGCUCUGGAGAGGAAGAUCCACGGCGCCAGCAUGCCGGAAGCGGCACUCAGAGUCUGUCUGAAAGAACUAAAACGGUUGAAGAAGAUGCCUCAGUCCAUGCCUGAAUAUGCGCUGACCAGAAACUACUUGGAGCUGAUGGUGGAGCUGCCGUGGAGCAAAAGCACCAAAGACUGCCUGGACAUCCGAGCCGCUCGGACGCUGCUGGACAACGACCACUACGCCAUGGACAAGCUGAAGAGGCGCGUGCUGGAGUACCUCGCCGUCAGACAGCUGAAGACCUCACUGAAGGGCCCCAUCUUGUGUUUCGUUGGACCUCCAGGGGUCGGAAAGACGAGCGUGGGACGCUCCAUCGCACGGACUCUUGGCAGGGAGUUUCAUCGCAUCGCUUUGGGAGGCGUCUGCGACCAGUCGGACAUCAGAGGACACAGGCGGACGUACGUGGGCAGCAUGCCCGGCCGGAUCAUCAACGGCUUGAAGACGGUUGGAGUCAACAACCCGGUCUUCCUCCUGGACGAAGUGGACAAGCUGGGGAAGAGCCUGCAGGGAGACCCCGCCGCCGCCCUGCUGGAGGUUCUGGACCCGGAGCAGAACCACAGCUUCACCGAUCAUUAUCUCAACGUGGCCUUUGACCUCUCCCAGGUGCUCUUCAUCGCCACCGCCAACACCACGGCGACCAUCCCGCCGGCUCUGCUGGACAGGAUGGAGGUGCUGCAGGUUCCAGGUUACACGCAGGAGGAGAAGCUGGAGAUCGCUCACCGCCACCUGAUCCCAAACCAGCUGGAGCAGCACGGCCUGACGCCUCAGCAGCUGCUCCUCCCUCAGGACUCCACCCAGAACGUCAUCAGCAGGUACACCCGGGAGGCAGGUGUGCGCUCCCUGGAGAGGAAGAUCGGCGCCAUCUGUCGAGCCGUGGCCGUCAAGGUCGCUGAAGGUCACAGAGUGAAGGAGGCGACGCCCUCUGGGCAGGAACAGCAGCAGGAAGAUAAGGCGGCGCCUCCAGAGAUGCCCAUUGUGAUCGAUCAUGUGGCCCUGAAGGACAUCCUGGGGCCGCCGCUGUUCGACAUGGAGGUCUCUGAGCGGCUCACGCUGCCCGGCGUGGCUCUGGGUCUCGCCUGGACGCCGCUCGGCGGGGAGAUCAUGUUCGUGGAGGCCAGCCGCAUGGAGGGCGAAGGUCAGCUGACACUGACGGGUCAGCUGGGCGACGUCAUGAAGGAGUCCGCCCAUCUGGCCAUCAGCUGGCUGCGAGCGAACGCCAGGACCUACCAGCUCACCAACCUUGUGGGCGGUCCGGAUCCGAUGGAGGGGACGGACAUUCACCUCCACUUCCCCGCCGGAGCCGUCACCAAGGAUGGCCCCUCUGCCGGCGUCACCAUGGUAACCUGCCUGGCGUCUCUGUUCAGCGGCCGGCUGGUCAGGUCAGACGUGGCGAUGACCGGAGAGAUCACGCUGAGAGGCCUGGUGCUGCCGGUGGGCGGGAUCAAGGAUAAGGUCUUGGCGGCGCACCGAGCCGGCGUGAAGCGGGUCGUCCUCCCGAAGCGGAAUGAGAAAGACCUGGAGGAGCUGCCGGCCAAUGUCCGGGCCGACCUGGACUUCGUGAUGGCCGGGAACCUGGACGACGUUCUGAACGCCUCCUUUGACGGCGGGUUCCCAGCGAAAGCCGGGUCGCAUUCCCACCCUCAGAUCAGCAGCAAACUGUGAGGGAAACCAGCAGAGGCGGCCAUGUUGAAGAGAAACCAGCAGAGGCGGCCAUGUUGGAAACUAAUCAUAUCGAUUUAUAGAUGUGAAAUAACUGGAAGCUGCAUCUUUGAGUCAAAGCUGCUGUUCUUCCUGAAGACAUCUGGAUUUAUUUUUGAUGAAUUCAGUUUAUUAAUAAAAUAACAAAGUAGCUGGAAUGAGCUAAAGUGAAAAUUAAAUGACUAAUUCUAAGCCUUCAAUAAACAAAAUGUUGAAUUACUGAAGGUUCUUGGAUGGUUUAGCAGAAGUCGUGUUGGAAAACUCCUGAAAAACUUUUGAUUUAGGAACCUUGUAAGUCACUUGAAGACAUCUAAGUAAUUUAGUAUUUCAAUUACAUUUUACUAAAUCUGAGCUACGUUUACAUCGUUUCAUUUUAAAUUUCAGAAAACAUCUGAUUUAGUCAUUUUACUUGAUGCCGUUUUUACUUCAAGAGGAAAUAAAAUAUUUUUGUUGUCCUAAAGUG